GUUUCUUGUAAAGUAAUGCAGUUGUAAUGCGCAGCUAAAUCUUGCCGCAAAAUCUGCGGGAAAACUGCUUGAGCAGCAUGGCGUCCUGGCCAGCCCUUGGCCUCUAAAUGGCAGGUUGUAAGGUUGUUUUUCACUAGCGCAAUAAGCAUUAAUUAACGAAGCGUCCGCCAUAUUACUUUUGAUAUGUUCGCAGGAGGUCUGGGUCAAAGACCUAUGAUUGGUCCGCGGCCUUGUGCUUAUAUAUGCUUGUGCUUAUGUCGACCCAGUUUCCACUAGUCAAAGUUACGAAUUAAAUGAGCAUAAGCAAAAGCAGAAGCACAAGAAGAACGAACUUGUCCGUUUUUCUUGUGCUUAUGCUUAUGCUUAUGCUUAUGCUCUUGUUUAUUCGGAACCGUUUAACGUUUUCGCUGUGUUCACGUGUUCACACGAAACUCAAGAACCAGGUUAAGCAAACCGGCAGUAAAGUAGCAAAUCCAAAAUGGCGUUUCGCACCAUUCUGAGCAGAAGAAAAAUUUCAGAUGGUCAUGGUGUUCCCUGGAUCCCGCUGGUCCGAUUUCGAUUUUACCGGCUAUCUAAAUCUCCGUCAGGAACGGUUAAGGUUUUUCCGAAACGACGAAACACGAAAGGUAAGGUAGGGUAAGGUAAGGUAAUCUUGAUUUAUGCACUGUGUUACAAAAUUCAUCAGGCAUGAAAUAUUAUAAAAAAAUUUAAAAAUCUUAAUUACAUUUACUGGGUUCCGCUAAAUACAAUAUUAAACUGAUUUAAGUUAAUACCACGACUUUUCCACGACUGCCGUGCCUUACAUGAUAUUAUAACAACUGUGCAAAAGUGUCUUAAAAUUAAGUAGCGAUUCUGCUUGCCUUAAUAUCUCAGGAAGACUAUAUAUUCCACAGAACAGUACCAUGCCACUGUAGCGAAAACUAUAACGGAGACAAAUUGUGCGUGGCUGUGGAAUAGUUAAUGAUUUAUUUACAGAAUCUCGAAAAGUGUAUGAAGUAGGUACUCAGGAGCAAGGCCAUUGAGGAAUUUAAGAGCGAAUGCACAGAAAAAUCGAGCAAAAUCGGCAAAUCGUGGCCACAGCUCAAAACCUAACUUACCCUCAUUUUCAGUCUGUAAUAAGGUUUUAAUGAGUUUAUAACACUGCUGAGGUUUAAAUUUCAAAAUGCGGCCGAACUUGGGAAUUAUUUGAGAUUUUCGAUUUCAACGGUCUGCGGGCCUAAAAUUAGCCGCCGAACACGGCAAUAUAGCCUGGCGACAGAGAUGAGCUGACUUUCAUAAACGAGCGAAUAUAUUGGCAAUCUUCCACUUAAAUCUCAAAAAGCAGAUAUCUAACAAUUUCUGAACAGCACAUUUUUUAGAUUUAGAGAAUAAAAUAUCGACGAACGAGCACAAUUUUGAAACGUAAUUUGCAUAAUGCUUAUAAAUACAACAAUUUACCGCUAAAACCAAAAUCGAAUUUUCUAUAUGGGGGAAUUCUCCAAAUCACCCCAAAUCCCGCUUACUACCCAAUAAGAUAUAGUACUUCAACAUUAUCUCAAAGUUAGUCUGGUGUUCUUGCGAACGCUUGUAAAAUAGAUUGAUUAUUUUGAGGUUAUUUUGCCCCAAACAACCGCUAAUUGACCCAAGGGUCAGUUGACACGUGCACGUCACCUUAGUUUUAUGCAUCGAUUUGAGCUCGUUAAAAGGGAGAAACUAACAAGAUUCUUUUAACAUGUACCUGUUUUAAUGAAAUACACGCAAUCUUCAAAAGGAGAGGCCGUUCAAUGGGUAAUUUCUGUUCUUGAGAUCUUGUAGAUUGUACCAUGGCGUCUGCGAGUGGACCUGAGUCUAGGUCUGUUUUCCCGUGACUGCGAAAUCAGAAUAACAUCGAGAAAUAAUUCUCCCUCGAAUCUUCGUAAGUGAAUCAGCUUUGCAGUGCCUUACCUGAGAUAAAAAGUGGCCCGAAUAGCAAAACAUUUCUAGCGCAAUUUGGAUCCUUUGUGGAACGCAGUGUAUUGCUGAGCGAAAGGUGAGUAAACAAACGUGGGAAAGUACGUUACCUUUGAUUGCGUGACCAGCCGGUAAACGAUAGUCUCCAGCGAAAAAUAGGAUUCGCAAAAAUCUUGCUGAUGUAUAUUUAACAGUUUGUUACUAUAAAUUUACAGCUGGUUUGCCUAAAACUUUAAACAAUGCAUAUCUGUCCAAGAGUAUAAGAAUGUUUCGAAAGAUCCACCCCUAAAUAACUGUGGGCUACUCCUUUUCCCCCAUCACCGAUGUGCACUUUCUUCCCACUGUCUUUUGCGUGAGGCUUGUAUGCCUUUUUAACUGUUACCGACACUUAAAACUGGCCGUUUAAGGCCUGGUUUAAGAACUUGACUGACUUAAAAAACCGUCGCGAACAUGCGCUAUUAUUGUUUGACUUUGGAAGCUUUAAGCCGAAAAUGAUGGUGCAAUCUCGAGAAAUUUGCCCGAGUCUAAUUACAAGACAGGGAACGGGUACUAAGAAAGGGACGGUCUCAUUUAGCAACCCGUGGACAAUCUGGGCAUGCUUGCCUUCUGUCGCAGGGGCAACUGUUAAGGCCAGGUACGCCGCCCCCACCCGAGAGGAUUGCAUGGCAUCCACCAUUUCAGUCGCUUUUUCCACAUUAUGACCUUCAAUUAUCAUGAAUUAUAAUGCGGGCCGUGAUCGUUGCCACCUUACCAGAAGUCUAAUCUUCGCACUGUUAGACCAUGAGAAUCUCUAUUAUUAUUCCAUAAAGGCACCAUUGACAUUUUCUUGCUCAGUGUCCGGUAAACCGAUACUCCGAAGCAAAAAUAGCUUUACAACGACUCUAUCCAGGCCAGAACUCCUGAUAUCAACAAAUAUACCCCACCCCUGCUAAAGAGGGCAAACGUUCCCCGAACUACACACUUGACCCACCCCAUCCCUUCGUUAAGAAAAACUACCCACUCAGUCCACUGGACAAAACGCGCUCGUGAAUAUACCAUACUAUAGCCGUUCAUCCUACAAGCAAUCUCAGUUUCAGCAGGCGUGGCCACGUUUCCAGUUACUGUAAGAUUAAUUCAACACCUGCAACAGACACUGUAAAUUAAAUAGCAGCCACAACACCCUUCUUUGAAACCGUCAGGACGAGAAAGUUUAGUGUGCGCGGCGGUUUUCUUCCUUCCCUCCCAUUGUAGCACUCAAAUUCUGACCCUGAUAUUAAUUCUAGUAGUAAUCAAUCGUUCCUGAGCCGAUAGGCACCAGGAUACCAGCUUCUUGCAAAAUAUGCUGUGACAUCCGUUUGCUCAUCUCCCUUUCUGCCUUCCGCCGCUGAUUAGGUUUGGUUCUGUGCUUUAAAAUAACUUUAGGAACGAAACAUGAUACGUGAGGGGCGUGUCCGGCUAAGGGCAAGUGACUCUCGGUGGUGAAGACAUAUACUGAGCUUGUCAGUAUUUCGUAGCCUGUACCACGUCACGAAAAUAGAACAAGCAAAAGAAAAAUAAGACGCCUUUCUUUCCCCAGCUCCCGCAGGUUUUUCGCUUUACUUUUUACUGCACAACUGAUUGUACCUUUUCGAACCGGAGCGAACAUGGACGCCCUUGGGGUUAAGUUUCCACUUCAUUUUCGGCACCUGACUAAACGCAAGCGCUGACUUGUGCGCCUAUGCUUCGUUUGCACUGAAGUAGCAGUAUAUGACCACGACAGACUUGCUGCUAUCCUUGGUUUGAAACCGCAGUGGGCAAGAACAAUUUCUUGAAAAGAGCAAACUAUUUCCUCCUUAGCGGGCAUGGAGAACAACUACUAGGACUUAAGCAAUGCCAUUGCUUAAGUCCUACUAGACUUGAAAAGAGAAAGCAUGAUGCUUUCUCUUUUUAAUGAUUUACAGCUAAACAGUACAAUUUCAUGUAUCUUUUACGCAAUUAAAUACUUAGUUGUUUGCAGAAUUGCAUUUAACAACAAAUUACAGAAAUUUAACUAAGUUUAGAUCUCAUAGAUAAGAAUUGCACGGAAAAAACUUUUGGGGUAAAAAAGUCAAAAAAUAAUGUUUGCUGGAAAAUCACUUAAUGGACAUACAAUAGCAGAGAUAUCAUGCCUGUAAUUUUCUGUUCAAUGCACCUUAUGACAAGUCUGGCUAAUCCACUGGUAACCCAUGCCUUAAAACCGCCUUGAACCUUAAAAUUUAAUCCAUUUGCCUUUCAUGCGUAGUGCAAAUAUAUCUUCUGAACACUCUGGGGUUGGGGGUAAAAUCAGAAGAACAGAACAUUCAGUUACUGUACCAUUUUUAAAAGUGGGACAGUAUGUUUGCUAAUCAUCUUAGUUAAUCGCUUUUAAAAUAGGGCAAAAGGACACCUGGUCAUACAGGAAAAUGAAUUUACUGUAUCCCGAAAGCUUUGGUUUCCCGUGCACUUCUUUUUCGCAGGAGACAAUCGAUAAUUGCCUGGUCACGCAAUCGGAGGUGAGUAACUAAUUAAAAGUCAUUGAUACCAUCGCCGCUUAGCAAAUACACUACGUGCUGCAAAGGAUCCAAAUAGCGCUAGAAUGUUUUCCUAUUCGGGCCACUUUUUAUCUCAGGUAAGGCACUGCAAAGCUGAUUCAUUUACGAAGGUUCGAGCGAGAAUUAUUUCAUGAUGUUAUUCUGAUUUCGCAGUCACGGGAAAACAGACCUAGACUCAGGUCCACUCGCAGACGCCAUGGUACAAUCUACAAGAUCUCAAGAACAGAAAUUACCCAUUGAACGGCCUCUCCUUUUGAAGAUUGCGUGUAUUUCAGUAAAACAGGUACAUAUUAAAAGAAUCUUGUUAGUUUCUCCCUUUUAACGAGCUCAAAUCGAUGCAUAAAACUAAGGUGACGUGCACGUGUCAACAGACCCUUGGGUCAAUUAGCGGUUGUUUGGGGCAAAAUAACCUCAAAAUAAUCAAUCUAUUUUACAAGCGUUCGCAAGAACACCAGACUAACUUUGAGAUAAUGUUGAAGUACUAUAUCUUAUUGGGUAGUAAGCGGGAUUUGGGGUGAUUUGGAGAAUUCCCCCAUAUAGAAAAUUCGAUUUUGGUUUUAGCGGUAAAUUGUUGUAUUUAUAAGCAUUAUGCAAAUUACGUUUCAAAAUUGUGCUCGUUCGUCGAUAUUUUAUUCUCUAAAUCUAAAAAAAAAAAUGUGCUGUUUAGAAAUUGUUAGAUAUCUGUUUUUGAGAUUUAAAUGGAAGAUUGCCAAUAUAUUCGCUCGUUUAUGAAAGUCAGCUCAUCUCUGUCGCCAGGCUAUAUUGCCGUGUUCGGCGGCUAAUUUUAGGCCCGCAAACCGUUGAAAUCGAAAAUCUCAAAUAAUUCCCAAGUUCGGCCGCAUUUUGAAAUUUAAACCUCAGCAGUGUUAUAAACUCAUUAAAACCUUAUUACAGACUUAAAAUGAGGGUAGGUUAGGUUUUGAGCUGUGGCCACGGUUUGCUCGAUUUUUCUGUGCAUUCGCUCUUAAAUACCAUAAUAAGGCUCUUUGGAUAUCACGCAGAGUACUAAGAUUUUUCAAUUUAAAUUUUGGAACAGCUGCGAUGCAUCUGUGUCAUUUAGCUUGAGAAAGUUAGGGCUCUUGCUGCAAGAUUUUGGGGUUUUUGAAGUUUGUCUGCUAGUUUUAUGCCACAACUUCCUCAAACAACAUUGCAAAUGCGGCUGAAUCAAGGCUUUGUAAAUAAGAUGCAAUGUUGCUGGGGGAACAAAUUGCCUGACCCGUUUGAUGCUGCAAUACCAGAGGCAAUUUUUUUAGCCAGCUUCUCUAUAGGACUGCCCCAGGUAAUAAACGUACGACUUUUCAACGGUUAUAAAGUUCGUCCGGUGUCGUUCUGGUCUGGUGCUGUGGGAACUUAGCGUUGUUCGCGAAACUUCUGAUUCUUUUCUCUGACAAACUAACCAGUCAAAACAAAAAGACUUAUUAAACGGAAGCGACCGGCCGCAUUAACCAGCUUAUAAUCCUCGUUAUUCAUUUUUGUGACCUUGAAUGACGUCUCUGGUAAAAUGAUUUCAUAUGUUAACAGAGCUCUGGCCAAUCACAGCUCUAAAAAACCUCGUCAUGACCACAUGGGCAAAUAUUUGUUAAUAAGUAAUAAAUUGAAGUGUUUCUAGGAAUUACGCCAUCUCUCUUCCCGGGAUAGUUUCCAAGAAAGCAUUUCAGUAACUCGCAUUUUAAAAUGCCGCUAAGAUUUUACCUUAUCUUGAUAAUAAACAUUUGUUGAAGGUUCCUAUACAGUUGGAAACGUAGUGGAUGUCAGGCGUACACGAGCCUGGCAUCUUGAACAUUCGAAACUAACCACGUAAUAUGAAACAAGCUCCCUGAAGUUUACGUUCGAUCUUCUGCCAAAUCAUGUCUGUUGGUUUCUUGUGUUAGUAUGAAGUUUAUCCAUAAACAUGUUUAAAGUGAACCAUAUUAGCUCAUAUUAAACAGGCACUGUGCCUUUUAUUAAACCUAUACGAACCUCAGAAUGUCGCAAACGCGCGUUUCACUCUUCAUUUUUAACCUUGUCUCGGGUGCAUUGUUGUUGUAUUUAUCAAGGCAUGGCUGUAGGUUUGAGAAAUCCCAGUUUAGUAUCUCAUACUUAAACAAGUUUCAAAUAAGUGUUAUGAUCUACAAAUUAACAUUUCUCGUUCUUAAACGGUUCGAUAGAUGUUAAGAAUUCGGCGGGACAUGAAGAUAACAUGGCUGUUAUGCGUUUAUAGCUUUUAAAUCGCCGGGAUCUAGGCGUUUGCUACUUUUUGGUAAGUGUUCCCAAAUCAAAUCCAACUGCAAGGGAAGCAUGUCCGAACCGUACAAAGCCUGCGAGACUUACGACUGUCCCAUGAUUAGUCUAGUAGAUACCAACAGGAACCCUGAAUAGAAAAGACAGUUUUCCUGGAGGCGUGAUUCAUGAUUCACAUGAGUUUACACCAUUAUGGUGCUGUAUGUGGGGCUCUAUGACGCCUUAAUUUGUUAACGAAAAUCUGACCAGUUGUCAAUUUGAUAAAAGACACUAAAAUACAACCAUCACGGUGGUUUUUUUAAAUGUAUUUCCAAAAAGAUUGUGUGUAAUAAGGAGACAAUCUCUUUCGCCGUCUAACGUUAAUUAGAAAUUUACUGCAAUCACUGCAAUCACUAUAUUUCAAAAGGGAACGGAAAAUACUGGACACAAUCAUACGUUACCAACUAUACGCGACAAACAAACACUUUAUCGAAUUUGUAGCUUAUGAUCAGAAUAAGAAACGUAUCCGUUCAGUUUGUGUUUCAAGGAUCGCCAUACUCGUCCUUACCGUCUUCAGGCAAAUAGGGCGACAUGAGAAAACCACGUAGUCGCAACAGUCACAUUAGACUAGGAGAAUGGAAAAUUGUAUCCUUAAAUUCCUACAGGAUACCGACUUAUAUCAAUAAAAAGUUGACUUUGUCGUAAGAGUUAGUAAUAUAAUAUAUAAGAACUUUUAUAAUAUAACUUUCUCCUCAUUCAUGGUCCUGCAUUUUAGUGCUCUGCCAUACAGAGCAUUGAAAAUAAGUUUUUUUGCGGAAGUUGCUCUCCCCAGCGAUGAACUGACGGUAAGGCCAUCUAUCGAAGAGAAAUCUUGAAUUUCAUAUCAAGGUUACACCAGCAUCAAAGUUUUGACAACAGAAAUCGACAUCUGUUAUGUCCGCAUUGUGAAGUACGAAGUAGCCAGUAGUUAAAUUCCAAUUGUACUGCUUACCUCAGUAGCCCGGCCAUCACACGUUAGUUGAGAAUUUAUGAGCCGAGGACAAGUACAGUGCUAAUGCUAUUUCACUCACUGACCGACAUGAUAUAUAAGACUCGCUAGUGAUUGUACACGACAAGCAUUUCGAAGCUGAAAUACUGAAGAUAGUCUUAAGAAUGCCUGCAUGAUAAUCAGUGUUUAUUCUUUAGUGUUCUUUAGUGUAGUAUGCACAUGCAUUAAAUACAUUGUCGGAGAUUAACUUUUCAGUUCUUGGAAAUCUAGCGGAUAUGUUUUCGCUCCUCUCAGAAUUGAGGGAUUUUGUGAUACUUGCACACAUUUCUCAAACAUUGCAGAAAAAAAGUUGUUUGUUUUCUUAAGAUAAACACUAUAACGAUUUUCAAGCCUUCUUAUUAUUUUAUCACUAAAUCAUGAAGCUAGUAAAAAUAAGAGUGGUACGAGCAAUGAUGUCACUUUUUAAUUUUUUGACAUUUACAUUUUUCGUGUCACGGCCAGUUUUUCAUUUCCUUACUGUCUGUUUAUCAGUAAGGAAUCUGCUUACUAAAUCUUUGUCGAGAAGCUAUAUAGCUACAAACUGUUUCAGAUGCAUUUAAUAUUAUUCUCGAUUUUACGUCCCUGUUAAAAUUGAUAGCAUUAUUAUAUAAUUCUCUAUUUCAGAGAUUUGUUGGAGUGAGUAUCUGACUAGGUUUUACCUUUAUAAAGCAACAAAUACCUGUGCAUUCAAAACUUGCUUGAUAAUUACUGUCGUUUGAGGGUUUUCCAUAUUUCUAUCAGUUCUUUAACGCACUCGUAGCUGUGCCAGCCAGACAAUCUCCCUUCCCUAUUCAACAGAUCCGCCGAGUCGACGAGUACCUUCUCGGUUAUCGCUGGAUGGGCAGUUUUAUUCCUGCUCUCCUGAAGUGAUUUCAUCGCUCUUUGGUACUUCAACUUCUUCCAGCUCAGCUUCUUCUUGAGUUCAUCCCAUUUCUGCUUCACAUCAUCUUUAAGCUGAUCGUCAGAUAUCUCGUUUAUAUCUUCCUCUAUGUGCUUAACUUUGUAACUUUUUUUGUCAUCGUAUGAAUUUGGGAAAACGCUCUGAUACAUCAUACCUUGAAUUCCCCAGCACAGCUGACCCAGAUUGAUGGUAGCUUUCUCGAUCAUGGCUUGCUGUUCAGAGCUCUGGGGCAAAGGCCUUUUAUCAAAGCCCCCGGACAGUGCCGUGAGCUGAACUGUUUCUUGAACGUUCUUGAUCUCCUUUUUACGAGACGCGUUUUCAAUAGCGUUUUCAUCAAGAGUUUUGUUCAUUUCAUCCACUUUCUUCGACAUCUUUUCUAACUCCUCUUCCAACGUAGCGUUUUUUUCUUCAUUGGCCUUGUUCGCCUGUUUCAACUCUAUUACCUGCUGUCUCACUGAAUGUAGUUCGACUUCAAGGGAACCCAACUUCUUCUCUAGGGCUGCUUUGUCACUUUCCAGCUUGUCGAUUUUGUUUUCCAGAACCUUUAUCUUUUUGUUUUUUGAAUCGAGAGCUACUUUUAAUUCGUCAUUUUCCUCUCGGAGUUUUCUUGUCUCUUUCUUCAACCGCUCAAUUUCUUCAUCCUUCCCCUGUAUUUCGUUCUUAAGUAAGGCGAUUUGCGCGGUAUGGCGAGUGAUAAUAGGAUCAUGAACAAAAAUUCCUCCUUCAGUCAUCGUCAUCCUAACAUAAGUGUUACCGUGUGUAUUUACUUCAUUGUCCUCCUCCGUUGGGUUGGGGAGAAGAACGUUCAUCGACCUGGCAAAUCUAUCGGCCAUAGCUGAACUAAGCUUUCGCUAUCGAGCUGUAGUGUCAACACGGAAUAGAAUUUGGUCGAAGCAGUUUACCAAAAUCGGGAGUAUUCAGUAACAAAUGACAGGUGUCUGUUAUUAUGACGUGGACCAAUUACAUGCCUGUAGAGUUUCGUACCCCUUCACAAACUCGGACGAACACCCCACAUAUAAAACUGUCAACAAUUUAGCCAAUCACCAGUCGAGAUUCAACAAAACUUUCCCCCAGGACGUUAUUUCUCAUGCCAAAUAAUUAUUGAUUCUAAAACGUCUUUCAUUUUCAAAUAAAACUAUAUUUAGAUACCCACAUAAUCUGCGCCCCGUUAACUGCGGAGUUGAAAAAAGUUGGACGUGUAACUUUGAAAAUAGCGUGUUACCCUUUCUCAGUUAUCUCUUCAGUAGCUUAUUUACAGUAUUCUAACAGAAAAUAUUAGUAUCUUUGUGGAUGAUAAAGGAGUCAGUUUGGAGCGAGUUGACAUGGAUGAGCAGUGAUGCAUUAUUAGUGGUUAAAACAGUGAUUACAUCGUACCACUCGUACCACACGUUGUCCACUUGAGUCAGUUCCACCAUAGUUAAAAGAAAGCAAUGGUUAUGAAGCCCGUUAGACGCCUUUGUUUUAUGUUUGUGUGGACCUGCGGGCGCACAGCGCCGGUUCAAUAGUAUUCCCAUCAUUUUGACCUAAUUGACCAAUGCAAACGUCACAUUACACUAUUCCGUCACAAUUUGCCCGCGUGAGCAAAAAACAAAGGUUGAGCAUCGCUCCUGCCUGCUCAUUCAUAAAAAUAGCAUUAUUGUACGAACCACAGCUUAGCUUGAGAAUUAUGCGAUUUUUGAUACAAGCACUAGCCUUUGUAGGAAUAUUUACAUUACCAGGCUGCUCAUUUCCUGAUAUAGUGCCAAGUUGAAUUUCCUAAUUGAAUGAAAUUGAAAAAAAAAAAUGAAAUUCUCAGACCCGAGAUCCUCCGCGAAGCACUUUGGCUGGCUCUUUUCGUCUAGAUUUAUAAUGCACAUCUUAUUUCAAAAUACAGGUACAACAAUAUAGAUGUUUAAAUUUGGAUGCGAAUUGUUAUUUUCUUAAAAUAUUAGGGUCACCGUACUUGUUUUUGCGGUGGAGCGGAGGAAAGUACACACGGGCCUGCAUUAAUUCCGCUUUUUGGGCUCAGGAUUGGAGCCAGUUUCAAAACGGCGUGUAUGUGGAAAAUAGCAUUGAAAGAGAAAGAUUUUAUGGAAUUUACAUCCAGAUAAAGCAAUUAGAAGUAGGAAAUAAUGUGAUAACGAUGAAGCUUCUGUGAUAACGAUGAAACAUCGACUAUCGAAGGCCUCGGUGGCUUUUGGUUUCUUUCGUCGAACAGAUAGCCUCUCCCAGUCGAGAGUGGAGAGAAGGCGGUUUGAGCUCGUACCAAAGGGUGAUUUAGUAAUUACUCUGGCUGCACGAUUGUAAUUUUUGGAGCUUAUCACUCAAGUCACGACUCAAACAGUCCCAGACGGGGCUUCAGUAAUGAAAAUGAGGCAUGAUUAAAGCUUUAUAGACUUGAAAUGCAGUUUGAUUGAAUAUAAAGCGCCGCACACGUUUUAGGGCGCCUAUAGCUGAAGAGACUUUGAGCAUCUAUUGUAAGACCCAAGCAUUUGGUAUGAUCGACUCUCUUGAUAAUUUGGUCAUCAAUUCUGAUUUCUACAUGGUCACAUUGGUCAGAUAUAUAGUCUUUGUCUUUAUCCAAUUAUAAUCAUCAGCUCUGUUUUAGCAACAUUAGACUGAGCUUCUCAGCUUUCAUUCAACAGCUAAGGCUAUUUAAUUCAGGGGUUAGAGCUAGCUUAAGCUCUGUUAACGUCUUAGCAGAUAACGUAAGAUUGGUGUCAUCGGCAAACAUUCUUGGUUCGGCGUCCCGCAAGGAAUUGGGAUGAUCAUUACUAUAAAUUAAAAAUAGCAAAGGACGCAAUGUGCUACCCUGCGGCACGCCGCAACUGAGGGAACGAGCAGUUGAUAGUUUGCCACUGACAUUACAGCAUCCAAAAAACGGGAAAUCUGUCAUUUGGGUUAUGUAAGAGUGCCCAAAAGGGCUAACAGAUGAAUUUUACGGCUUUAUAAAGUCGAGAAAACGUUCUAUUUUUGUGAUUAAUUCCCAUUUAAAAGACAGUGUGGUUAAAAAGAAUGCAAACCGCUAAACAAGGUACCAUUUGACAAUAGAAGGUAUACGAAAAGGGUACCUUUUUCGUGAAAAAUGGCAUAUAAAGGGGUAAGGGGCUGGACCUCUGGGCGGAGCCUCCCGGCUUAAAAAUUUUUUAAGUAACCCCUUCCCACUCCCUGGGAAAUUGAGAAGCUUGAAACUGAUGAUGUUAAGGUAACUGAAGAUGCGGCUAUUGCUAAUUCAAUGAAUGAGUACCAUACCUCAAUAGCAUCUGACUUAUUACAAUCAGUAGAUGAUAAUCAAGAUCAUUGUAGCCUCACAAUUACUCCAACAGUAUUGAAUGGGAUCAAGCAUUUUCGAUUUAAAGAAAUCAGGGGCGGAUCCAGGAUCUUUUUUAGGAAGGGGUGCACUCGUCUCUUGCUCUACUUCAACACCAAUAAACCACAUAGUUUUUUUUUUUGGCAGAAUACCAGCUGUACUAGAAAACCGCAGGUCAUCUCAGGAGGGGGGGGGGGGGUGCGCACCCCCUGCACCCUCCCCCUAGAUCCGCCCCUGGAAAUAAAAGUUGAGGAUUUUUUGAAGUCUCUAAAACCACUUAAGACAUGCAAGACAAAGGGGGCAGAUGGUAAACCAGCACAGGUAUUGAAAAUCGAAGCAAGUCCACUCCCGGACAUUUUCCCACCAGUCCACUAAUGAAUCUUUGCUCUGAGCUGGUGGGAGUUUUUCCUGAACCCUUAAAGGUUGCAAGGGUAACUCCAAUGUAUAAAGGUGGUGUAUUAACCAUCGGACGUACAAGAAAAUUCAUACCCCCACCGUGGUACAAGGGGGGAUGGAACCCCUACCCGGAGUUUUUAAUAUGUUGCAGUAUUUUGAAACGAUUUUAGUGGAAAGCCUUUGAUCUUCUUAACAAGAUGAGGUAUAUUUUGUGAUCGCUAUGGUCGCUAUCUCGGCCGCCAUCUUAGAUUUUACCAAGAAUUGGAAAUCAGGUUAAAACAGAGAGAAAUGGUAUUUUUUUGUGCUUUACAUGAAAAAUAACACAUAUAAACACUUUUCAUGAUUUUAGCCACAAGAUUUACUUUUAGUAUUGAAAGAAGUUGAAAAAAACAUGUAUUUUCACCCAAAAUUGGCUUGACCGCUUGUUACUUAUGACGUCAUAUCUCGUAACCAUAGCAACUGACCAUCACUAAACUCGUUUCAAAAUCUGCACAAGGGAUAAACGAACAGCUGCUGAUGUUUUAUCCUCUUGGAAAAAAACUCACAAAACCCUUAUGGGGGGGCAUCUAUCCCCCCCCUGUACGCCCGAGGGUUAACUGACAGAGACAAGAAUAGGCCAAUAUUUUGCCUAUAAUUUUUAAAAGAGUAUGAACGCUUUGUUAUGAACAAUUACAACAACAUGCAAGUCAACACAAGUUUAUUACUGAAGAACAUUUUGCUUAUUCAAGGAACUCUUCUAUUAUUACACCAGUACUAAAAGUCGUUGAUGAAAGGAAAUGGGCCAUGGACAACAUCCUACUUACUUCUUAUGCAUUCCUAGUCUUAAAGAAAGCGUUUCAUGUAAUCCAUUAUUCAAUGCUAGCCCUUCUAAACAAAUCAGAACAUUAUGGAAUUUGAGACUUGAGAUAGUUUCAAGAUUACCUUUUUAAUAGAAAGGGAUACGUGCAAGUUAAUGGUACUGCCUCACACAAAAGGAUUAUCAGUCAUGGAGUACCACAAAAAAAAAAACAGCUACUGAUGAAACUCUAAUGUUUCUUUAUGCAGACGACACUGAAGUGCAUCGCUCUGGUUUCGAUCUGGAGGUACUUGUAAAUGAAGAUCUACGGAAUUUCGCCUCUUAGCUUCGUCAAACAAGUUGAUCUUGAAUGAGAGAAGUCUGAGUUGAUGGUGAUAGGAACAAGGAAAGGGUUGGACCUAGGUUUCGAAAUGAAUAUACAGAUAGAACAAGACCAACUUAAGGUUACAUAUUAUUCAGCACAUCACCUAGUUGAUUGAAACAGUUUCUCCCAAGAUUGCACUAUCGAACGGGGUCAAUCACAGGGUCAAUCAGGUUUCUUAGCUGCUAAGAUCUUGCUAACGAUACUUCCAGUGUUGGGUUGUGGUUGUGUUGUUUGGCGGCAUGAGUAUAAUAAAAGCCUGGCUGAACUGAAAGGAUUGAAAAAAAUACAAAAUAAGGCUAUAACAGUGACCUUAAAAGCCAAAAGAACAUCAUGUACUUUGGGUUUAUUGACACUUUUUAACAGAAGACGAUUCCUUAAAUUUAUUUGUAUCUUCAGAAUUGAAAAAGUCAAACUUGUCCAAAGCAAUUGAGUGGUGUACUGGUCCAGAGAAAGCAGCUUCAUGGUAGAUCUCUUAGGAACAAGUGUAUUUUAAAUGUUAAGGGUGCAAAGACCUCUUCUGGGCAAAGAACAGUUGAAGCACCUGCAUCCAAAGAUUGGAAUUUGCUGCCAACGAAAAUUAAGAAAAUAGCUGUUUUAUAUUAUCUCGUUUUAAGAGGGAGCUAUACGAUUAUUUAAGAAAAGAUGAUAUUGAAAAUGACAGGUGUACAUUUUAAUUCUUUUAAUUGCUUUUAAUCAAUUGCAUGCCAAUUUUUUUAAAUAGGUUUUUUCUAUGUUUUAUGAUGCUUUGUAUAUUCAUCAGCUAAAUAUUUUAUGAAGCUUGUGCAUUAUUUAGCUAGACUAGACUCUGGGUGAAGACAAGUGUGUUUUUUUCUAAUACUGAAAGACUUUUCCAGUUUAAAUAAAGCAUUUAUUAUUAUCAUUAUUAUCAUCAUCACCAUGAAGGCCUUACUACCCUUUACAGUUGUUUCCAGAUAAUUAUGCAUUAACUCGUGAACUCGCUUUAAAGAGGGCCAUCUCUAAAGGUAGUUUGGCAUGCAUAACUGUGCUGAGUACAUUAUUUCUCAAUCAGUAAAUCUGUAAAAUGGAGAACUUGGUGGUAGCAAACUUAAAAGUAAAUACAUAUAUUUUUUGUAUAAUUCGACAACAAUCUUUACACUAAUUAAUUUAAAAACAUAUAUCGAUAUGGCACAUUAUGGAAAUCACGAUGCUCCAUUGCAUUGUCUUGACAAUUGCUCUGUCAAUAGUAAUAUUUUUCCACAGGUUUGGCAAAGAGCAUGCUUUUCCAACUGCAUCUAAACUAAGUUGGUCUUCUCGCCAAUUGCUAUUUUCCUGAGCACAAAUGAGUACACGAUUUGCUCAGUAUGGCAGUAGACAAUUUGUAAUUAGGGGCCCGUUUCUCCUAGGGCCCGGUAACUUUUCGCGUCCAAAGGCAAAUUUUGAAGUCAAAACCUGUAAGUUAUUCAUAGUAGCACAGUUCCUAGCUCACAAACCUGUCAAUUUUGCUUCGUUAACAGAUGUUUUCAUUUUACCCAUUUUCAAAAUUACUGAACCUUUGAUCUUGAAUGCAAACGCGGAAAACAAAAAGCAGCUUUUCGGGCCCGAAAAGUUAUCGGGACUUCGCGAAACGGGCCCCACUGCCCUUAUUAUCACUUUCUUAACCUAGCUGUCAUUUAUGGCUGAGACGAAAUGGAGCAGAAUGCGACAGAAAGAACAACCACCACACGUUUUGGUGGGAAAUCGGUCUGUCGGUGGACUGGAACGGGUAGCGCAUGCGUAAUGUUUGCGAUUUUGAAUCACACGUAUAUUUUAUUGUCAUGAAGUGUACCUUCAAAUAACGAGAUAUAAAAUGACCCAGUCAUCUUGUAAACGGGAUACAAAAUCAGAAAGUCAUCCCGGUAUGAAACUCGCGCCGGUGCGAAUUUUCUCACGUAAACACCCACUUAGUACUGGACACAUUCUCGUCUAAUUAAAAAACGUGCUGGAGUUGGGAGAUAAAACUAAUCAUUUCGACUUUAGGUUGAUGGCUGUUAUUUUAUUCAUUUAUCUGCGUUAAUCAUUCAUUGAUCAAUGUAGUCCCUUAAAAAUGUAUGAUUCGUUUCUCCUCAAACUAAUAAAAAACAGGCUUUAAGAUUUCCAAGUAUUAUUUUUAUUACUAUUAUUUGUUAAAUUUAUGCCAAAACCAAGUUGCAGUAUAUCGUUGCAGUUAUUUUGCUUGACUUUUCCAGAUAUCCCGCGGUUAUUUCAUUUUCUGUGACCUUGAACGACGUUUCCGGUAAAAUGAUUUCAUAUAUUGCGACAAAUCUGACCAAUCACAGAGGUCUAAAGAACCUCGUGAUAACCACAUGAGCAAACAUUUCUUAAUAACUAAUGAACGUUUCUAGGAAUUACGCUCGUCCUUUUGCGUGGGAUAGUUUCUAAGAAAACGUCUCAGAAGCUUUUUGCUUUUAUUUUAUUUUGUUGAUUUUAUAAACUGUUGAUGAACGCUCCCAUACUGUUAGUACAUUGAACUUUCAUAAAUAAUCAGAAUAAGAAAAACUCUUUCUGCGGUUUACGUUCGAUCUACCGGCCAAUCCUAAAUGUACGUCCAUCCAUACACGCAGUGAGACCUGUUUAAAUUGAAACAUAACUUGUAAAACUUAAAAUAGUUACACAGCUUGAUGUAUAUAUGUUACAGGUUAAAAUUAAAUUCAGGUUAAAAUUUUUUAACCUAGGAAAUUGAGAAUCCACCUAGGUUAAAAAAAUUUAACCUGAAUUUAAUUUUGACCUGCAAUAUAUAUAUACACAAGUGAACCUCAAACGGUCUCUACAUGUGUACCUCUUUUUGUGCCAGAGAGGAAGUAAAGACCACUAAAUGCCUUGCGAGUGUAUCUACAUUGUAAUGUACUAGUACGGUACAUGUGUAAACUUCUUGACAAAGUGGCCAGUUUAUAGAGGUGAAGGCAAUAUAAAAUAACUAGCUGGGACACGACUGCUUAACAGAGGUAACUGCUGAAAACGGGUCAGUUUACCAGUAGUUAGGGGAAAUGAUUUCCCAGACUUUGGUAAGUGACUACUCAAUAAAGGGGGACAGCCUAAUACAGGUUUGCUUAAUACAAGUUCGACCGUACAUUUUGCAUAUUUAUUUACCGGCACUCACGUUAACAACAGUGCAUGACUCUAAAGAAUUUCAGCACUUGACGCCUAGGUAAUUUUCAAACGUAAUAUUAUUUUUUUGGUUCAUUUACCUUUCUGCUUUUAACCGGUUAAAUGAUAUUUAGUACAUGUACAUUCUUGUGGAGUUAAUGUGCUGUCAUUGUCGUUUCAUCACAGGCUCUGGAGGAUAUCAAGACGGAGCAACUACAAAAGUAAGGUUAAUUUCAGAUCCUUCAAGGAAUAAUUAAUUACUGUCACGUCAUUUUUGCUGUUAGUGUCGGAUUGGUGUGAUCGGGAGCAUGUCCUUACAGCAAUGAAUCUGUAUGUAGUUUCAGUGGGAGUAACAGCUGAUUCCUUGAAUCAUGUUUUGAUGUACAUAAUUAUAACUGCAAGGCUGUGUGGCUGUGUUCUUGGGCAGCAGUGUUUAAUAACAACUCAGAUUGGAUGAGGUUUAUGUGAUGUCUGGAAUACCUUGAUUAUUCUGGACGUCACAAAAUUUGAACCUUAUCGUCAUUGUUUUACACAAUGUUUUACACAGGUGUUUUACACCAAUAACAAGAAACACACUGUCGCAGAACACAGUAUUAAAUUGCUCUUGGAAAUCAUGCAUUGCAUUUGCAACCUACAGAUUAAAGUAAGCAAGCAGUUAACCAGCUAAUCUUCACUUCAGGCUGAUUUUCAAAAUUACCUUUAAUUUAGGCUCUUAUCUAAUGAGAAGACAGAUAACACAAUAUAAUAGAGUAUUAUUAGUGUCUUCUUCUAAAUAACUGUCCUUAUUUUACAGACAAAGGGAAUCAACAAACCCUGUAAGCCUAUCGUUGGGGUCAGAGGAAUGAAUAGAGGAGGCAAGGUCUAUCAGGUAAUAUAGCACAGUCUGGGUUUUACUAAAAAAAAGAAAAGAAAAGGAAAAAAAGCCCUUUAUUUUAGUGUUAAGGUAGUUGGCACGAAAAUACUAAUUGGGACACUAUUUUUACGUCUCCAACUGAAGACCGGGCCGCCAUUUUACAUGGUCAUCCGAGCCACGCGAAGGUCUCGCCACUUGCAGUGCAAAGGUAGUACCUUCAUUUCUCAGUCAUUUUAAGACCCUGAGUAAUGGUCCGGCCCUGGGAAUCGAACCCACGACCUCCCGCUCUGCAGUCAACCGCUUUACCGACUGAGCUAAUCCUACCGCGGUUAGGGAAGUAACUGUACAUGUGUACUUGGAACCAACAUGUGAAUGAUCAGUGGCUGAGUGGCACUUAGCUGAUGGCAUGUCAUUAGAUCUUUCCACCGUGUUUUCCAACUUUUGAUAAGGACCACAUUAGGGAAAAUCCGUCGACACCGCCGCUGGAAAAAAAACGCCUUUUGAUGUGUAAAAUUGCCAAGUUUGAAAGUGAUUUUGUUAAAAACUAACUCAUACAGUGUAAGGUGUAUAUAGUCAAGAAAUUUUACAGAGUACAAACUUGCUCCCGCCACACAAACGUCUGUGAAUUUUCGCAACUUGCGGAGCUACAUGUAUAUCUUCGCUCCGUUGAGUUGUAUCACUUUCAAACUUAGCAAGUUUACGAAUUUUAUGGCGCUCUUUCCAGCAGUGUGGACGGAUUUUGCUAACUGAUCCUGAUCAACUUGAGAAAAUCCAUGGAGAGGUCUAUUGAAAAUUGAUAAAAAAAAAAAAAAAAAUACGAGCCAAUAAAAGUUCAAAAAUUUACUGCUCUGCAUUUUCUUACUUUCUUUAUUUCCGAACGCUGUAAUGGAGGUCGUGCAAGCUAUUCUGACUUUUCGCUCUGUGAAUAAAGUGUUGAUGUCUAAUUGAGUCUUAUUGAAAAUGAUUUUUCUGUUCAGGAAAGUAGCGGAAGUACGUCUGCUUGUCUUCUUUUAGUUAAAGGACCGAGAUUACAAAUCUUACCUUUAUUCUCAGUACUUUUUUGGGGGCAACUUUUCAGAUUUGGGGAGCAAUCAUUUUGACAAUUUAAUUUAAUUUUUUUGUAUUUUUGGCCAAAUUUAGCUGGUUAGCACAAUCUUAUAGUACUCGGAAAGUAACAGUCACAAAAUUAGGAGUUGCUCCAGCGUUCUAAUGUCUAAAACGGAUCGUGGCAAUUCCAUUUGAGUCAAACUAUCUCUUGGAGGCCUGUAGUCAGCAAAGUUUCGCAUUGUUUCUUGAUUAACUUUCAGGUGCCCAUUCCUCUUCCUCCUCAACGCCGCCGUUUUCUAGCAAUCAAAUGGCUGAUCACCGCUGCUCGGGAACAGCAGAAAACAAAUGAGAACGCAAGAAUGUACAAGAAACUGGCUAAAGAACUUCUCAAUGCUUACAACAAUGAGGUAACGAAUCAUUCCGAUACACCAUGCACUUGCCACUUCAAUAUUACGUUACUGAUUUUGGACAGAAUUUUGUGCUUAAUUGACCAAAAUGGAGAGAAGCGAGCAUCUCAUUCGCGGUUAAGGAAAAGAACAGCUGCCUUCAAAGUAAAGUCGAACCCCGUUAAUACGGACAAUAAAGGGGCCAUAGAAAGUGUCCGUAACAAUGAGGUGUCCGUAUUAAGCGGGCGGCCUCAAAGCGGGCCUCGACUUUACUAUCGACCGCCUGGUCGUCCAAAGUGAUAACAGCAUGGGUCAAGUAUUCAAGGCAGCGUUAAAAAGCCACCAAAAAACCGUGGGCAUAGAGUUAUGGCGCAUUCAAAGAUGGUGGCUCUGUCCAUUCAAGCCGAGAUAUUUUUGAAGCCACCCAUUUCAUUUUUGUUCACAAGUCGACCUUCUGUCCACUCGAAACCAAUGCUUACCGAAACUGCAUCUUUUUUAAACCACUUUCCAGAGUGGUUUACCCUCUCCACACGAAUCUGGGUAAGCAAUAAUGUGGUUUUGAUAAUGUCCCGUUUCGCGUGGACGGGGAAUUUGAAGCCAAAGUGCGUUUAACAAGCGAAUUUAUAUCUAGAUGAUUUAUCCGUCUCAAGUAUAAUUUCGGCCUAUGGGGAGCUUUGGCACCGACGACGGCGAAAGCAACGGCAACGAUAACCAAAACAACUUUGCAAGUGCGUCACGCCUUUUUGUACAUUUCCUUGCCGUUACUGUACGACUACGACGAAAAACUUCCUAAAUUUCACGUUGUGUGCAGGACUUGAACACAAGACCACGACUUUCUAAUUCUUUUCCUGAACCUCGAUAGUCCUUCAGAAUUCAACUCCGGAAAAAAUUGCCAACAUUUGAUGAAUUGAACGAGAUGGAAUAAGCCAGAUAAAGUUUGAAACAACGCAAAUUCACGUUUAAGCGACGUUUUGAUAUCCGUGGCCGUCGUUGUUGCUUAAGCUGCCUACUUCAUAUAUCUUAUCCAAGCCGGGUUUAAGGUUUUCGGGGGUUUCAUGCGUGGCAAGUAUGUGACUCAACUCGAAAAUUCAUCGUUUUACACGCGAUACUUUUGUUAUAUCAAUAGGGUACCGUGAUAAAAAAGAAACGCGAACUACAUAGGCGAGCAGAAGACAACAGAGCGUAUGCACACUAUCGAUGGUGGUAGCACCUUUGAGAUGGCCAAGGAACACCUUAAUCUUAAAAAAGCUGUGGGAUGUGGUAAAAUUUCACAAAGAGAUCUUCGCCUCUCCAGCCCAGUAAUGCGGAUCCAUUAACAAAAUUGAUAAACCAUUUUAAAAGACCCGCUCGUGGUUAACGGUGUGGAUAAGCAGUGUAUUUGUUCCGGUUUUCAAGAAAGACAAUGACACAGAUAAAAUUUGCUAUCGGCCAGUUUCUAUACUGCUCUUUUUGAAGUUUAUGAGAAAGUUUCAUUCGAUCAGACGUAUGAGGAAUUUGGUACAAAGUUAUCUUCAUGUCUCUGUGGUUAUUUAAAAGGACAUUCUUGCUGUACGGCUCUGCUGAAAAUGACCGAAGACUGGCGAACAUGCCUCGACAUUAGGGAAGCCUUGUCAACUGUAGCACUAGAUCAAAGCAAAGCAUUUGAUUCUGCUUCUCAUGGUCUUUAAGUGCAAAAUUCAAGACCUGGGGCUUCCCUAGUGACGUACUGGUGACAAUGUUGGCCUAUAUACAAGGAAGGCUACAAUGUGUAAAAAUAGACAGUGUCUGUUCAGGAAGUGUGAAAUCUGGCAUCCCACAGGGAUCUCUUUUGGGACCACUGCUAUUCAAUAUUUACAUGAAUGGCUUGACUUUUUGCAUAGCUGACACAUUCGUAAGACUCUAAGCCGAUGACACAGCAGUUUACAUUUCUGACGUUUUUUCUGUAUUGAUUUUUUUUCCACGGGACUCUGUUUAAAUUAGGUUAUUAUAUGCUAAACCAGAUGUGUCCGGACCUCUUCUCGGAGGCCCCAUAUGUGGUUUGAUUCUUGUAAGCGACCACCUCCCUUAAGCGACCACUAAGUCUUUGCAUUUUGGGUGGUCGCUUACGGGAGGUUUGACUUUAUAUUAUUUGAUUUUACGAUUGUAAGUAGCUUUGUAAUUCAGUUUACCAUGCCCGUCACAAUGUUAGGAUCGGAGGAAAGACCAACAAUUUGGGAAGAGUUGUUUAUAACGAUUGACUUGAUUGAGUUUUAUUUGGCGAUGCCUAGAUAGUGAUUGACUGGCCAAGGUGAAUGAAACAGAGUGCUUCUUUAGCUCGAGUACCGUAUUCACGUCAUUUAUCGGAAUACGGCUUCUGUGUCGUUCAAACACCAUAUCUGAAUCGUCUCGGUAAAAACUUCAAGCAGUUGCUUUUAUAACGCCCACAUUAGUAGCCCUUGUGUAUGCUGGCGUGUUCUUCAGAGAAGCAAAAAUUGGAAUGAUAAUUAUUCAUUUACAGCGAAUGGUACAUAACACACAGGGUUUUACAGUAAACGCUCUUACGAAGUAUGACACUCAUUUUAAGCGUUAUGCUGCUAAAAUUACCCAUAUUAACGCACAUUUGAUCACAUUGUCUGACGAAAAGAGUGAAACAAUGCUAUUAAACGGCUUUAAAAAAUAAAGAACAACCAGGUCC